AUGAAGUGUAUGCCUACUACCUUCCCACAAACAUAUUACUCUUACACUGAUUACCCUUACGACGAAAGGACUAUUCACUCGCAACAAAUCCCAUGUCUCAACGAAUUUGUGGAUAAUGAGAACCAAUUACCAACCCUGGCAGAGUUCCUGACUAUCAUUGACGAUUACCUGAACAACCUGAGUCCCAAGAAGAGAGACAAGGCGCUUGUAGACGAAAACCGAUAUUUUCUGAUCCAGCAGGUCCUCAAGGAUCCCAGAAAUACUUCAAUCUCAACAGCCCAGUUUAGGUUCUGGGUCAAGAAGAUGUUUACUGUCAAAAAGGGUACAGCAGACACUGUAUGCCAUGACAACAAGCCUGUUGCGAUCAAAGAAAAUAUUUACAGUAUACUUGUCAAAGCUCAUCAGGAUGCACACCAUGGUGGUCGAGACAAGACUUCAGCAUUGGUGAGAAAACAAUAUUCCUGGAUUCCAAAGGAGUUGGUCGCUAGGUUUGUCCGGCAAUGUCCAUUCUGUAUAAUCCGUAGAAACGGUGGCCAUAGUCCAGGUACAUGCGCUCCAAAGACACCCAGUCCACGCACAGGUUAUUCGGCCAGAAACAGCGUUGGGUUCGACCCAAUGACCUCAAGUAUAUUCACACCGUCUAUCAGCGACCGGAGCGAGAUCUACUCUGGGCAGUCUCCAGUCUGCAAGACCGGAUACCCUCCUUCAUCAAACUUCCCUACCACACCCAAUUCUUCAACCCUAUUGCGCCCUUUUUAUGAAAAUUUUGUCUACCAGAAUAAUGACGAAUAUCUACAAACCUAUUCAUACGGUAUACCUGUCCAUCAUUCCCACCUUACCCCUCCUCCUCCCUCCUCCUCUUCCCACUCUUCAGCACAGACAUCUCUCAAUUCGACAGACUACACACCCAACCAGAAUUACCAGUCUGUUGAAAGCCAUCAAUCCCCCCAGCCCAGCCAGAAAAAGCAAUACCAAAUCGAUAAUUAUCUUCAACUUCAACAAUCCAAGCACUACUGCCAACAACCUAUGCAAGAAUGGUACCAAUCAUAG